AUCAUUAGCUCAGCUUCAUCCACAAUACAUACAAAAAAUAGAUAAUUGGUUCUUAAUUUCAUCUUUCAUUCCAUUAAUUUUCAAACUAUGGCUUCUUUUGGCAUUAUUUCUCUUCUCAUUGCCUUGCUUCUAGCCUCUUAUGUAUCAAACUUGGAAGCAGCAGAAUGUUCUCGUGACAUAGACUAUAGAUUCAAGUGCAAAUAUGGUCGCAUUUGUGAUGACACAAACACCAGAAAAUGCUUUUGUUGGCCACCUAAGGUGUUCAUGGAGGAUGCUCGAUGCAUUAACGACGAUGAUUGCAUUAAGAUUUGCGCCCCAGGUUGCAAAAUCCAUGUCUGCCAACAUGGCCUUUGUUUAUGCCAAUGUAGUGCCUAAACACAUACUUCUUUUAUCACUCAAAUUUUUGCAUUUCAAAAAUAGUGGCCCUGAUUUUGUUUCAAAAAAUUGGUUAAUAAAUGAGUGGACUAGAAAUGAGUUAAGGAAA